CGCCCACCCCCGCCCACCAUCUACCGCCACCGCCAUCACCAGGCCAGCGAGCCAAGCGGACGUCCCAAUGGUCGACAUCCAGGCACGCCGGCCGGCCUCGGCCAGCCUGCCUGACCAGUUCCUGGAGCUCGUGCACCAGAGCCUGUGCGCGCCGGAGCCGGAGAUCCGCGCACCGGGCGCGGGCCUCGACGCGUCGGCCGCCAGCGCGGCUGCCACCCGGGGCCUGGCGCAGUGGCACGCGCACGGUCUCGGCUUCAACACCGUGGCCUGGCGCGUGGCCGAGCUCCUGGACGAGUACCCCACCGGCAUCACCCGGCCCUGUGUGCUGACCGAGAUCCAGGCGCUGAUCCUGGAGGCCACGCACUCGCGUCGACCGGCCGGGGCGGCGGCCUCCGCCUCGGGCCCGGCCUCGAUGGCCGACGACCGGUGCCUGAAUGCUGAUUGGGCGCAGGCGCACUAUGACCCGGUGACCCCGGUGCGCCUGGCGCCCCCGGCCGCGGGGCCCCUCUGCUCGCCGCGCGCCUUCGCCGAGGCCAUCGACCAGCACAUGGUCAAAGGCCUCUCCAGCACCUUCGCCGCCGCGGCCCUCGGGCUGAACCUCGUCGAGGGCUUCAUCACGGACCUGAUCCAAAACCCCUCCUCCACCGGCGGCCCCUUUGCCGCUGUGCUGUCCGACGGGCCGAUCCCGAGCUCCGACCCGCCGGUCCUCCUGCGCAUGGCCGAUCCCCUCCGGGCCCUUCUCCGGCCCAGGCUCCCGAGUGGCCUGGAAAACCCCUUCUUCCAGCAGCUUCGGGCCUUUCUCACGGACCUGCCCCCGGCGGCAAGCCCCCCGGUGGACUCCGAGCUCCAAGACGCCCGGCCCCGCCUCACGGCCAAUGUGUCACUCCGCAUGCUGGGACCCAUCCUGCAGAAGCGCCUCCCCGGCCGCUACAAAUGGCCCACAUUCACCCUGUUUCUCGGGCCCGGGCUGCUGCCCGGCAUCCGCCGGCCGGCCCCCGGCCCCCCGGCCUCCGACGCCUGGUGGUCGGGCCCGGCGACCGACCACGCGGCCGCCGGACUGCUGGCCGCCGCGGCCGCCGCCCUGGGCCCCGGGCCCGAUCCCACCUCGCGCACGGCCCUUCGGGCCGACCUCCCCCUCGGGCCCGGGCCCGGGCCCAUCUCGCUCCUGGUGGAGGUGGAACAUGUGUCCGAGGUGAAGCACAUCCCCGCGGCCGGCGAGUGGCUGUCCAUGCUGGGCGAGUCGCUGCGCACCCGACGCCGCGGAGCCCCGGACGCGGCCCCCACGCCGCCCGGCCCCCCGGCCCCGCACAGAUUCAAUGGAACCUGGGAUCGGCCUGUGGAGGAAACCUGCGCCACGGUGUCGCUCAUGCUCUGCUGGACCGGCAAGCCGGGGGGCCCUGCGGCGGGGCCCCUGGCCGGGGCCCGCGUGCGCCUCCUGCUACAUCUGUGGAAUGAGCACGCACACCUGUCGCAACUCCUGCGUCCGGGCGAGCUCCUGUAUGUGCACAAUCCGCUGGUCGUGGAUGUGACGGCUUACCGGCGCCUCGGCACCUCCGACCCGGUCGCAGCCUACAUCGCCCUGGAACACGGGUCCCAGUCGCAGCUGUUCUUGGCGCAUCCUCCGGCGAACACCGGGCACCCUGGCCAGGCAGGCUGCCCGGAGACCGCCCUCACCCGAGCCCCGGCCCCGCCGGACACGCCCUUCGGCCGGGCACUUCACCAGCAGCUGCUGCAUGCCCGGGCCGUCGGCCGACCCGCGCCGCUGGUCGACACGCUGCCGGCGGUCCGGCCGCCGGCCACAUUGGAUGCGCUGAAUGCCCUCGGCCCCGGCGGACAGUAUGUCAACUGCGCCGGGACCACCUUCAUGCUGGGGCCCGGCGAUUUGCGGGGCCUGGCCCCGGCCCCGGGCGCCCCCGCCCGGCACCUGCUCAACUUGAGUCUGCUCCUGGAGCUGCAGACCUGUGUCUUCGAUGCCGGGACACGCUGCUUCGAAGCACGGCUGCGCGACGCCCAGGGCACCACCAUCCUGCUGCUGGUUCGGGCCCCGGCCGACGAGCAUGACGAUCCCCCGGCCACUCCCAGUGGCAAGAGCCCCGCCUGGGACCCCCUCCCCCGGGGCCUCCUCCCGCCGGGGCCGGAGCACCUGGUGCACAUCCUGCGCACGGCCCACCCGGGCUCGGUGCUGCUCCUCCACCGGGUGCACCUGCCCUUCUUGACCGCGACAACUUCCACCAUGUCCUUGUUUGCCGACCUGCAUUCGGCCAUGCGCGAUCUGUCGCGCCUGCCCGGGCCGCUGGCCACGCGUCUCUUCCAGGCCCCCGGGGCCCUGGCCGAUCUGGCGGCCCCGGGUUCCGGUCCCCGACCGGUGGCCUUUCGCAUUGACGGGUGGUUGCUGGAAAAUCGAAGCCGCAUCCCCGGCGAGGCCGGCGCCAGCUCCGGCUGGGACGUGGCCCACCUCAUCCGGCGGGUGCAUCGCCUGUGCGGCCGGCCCGUGGACAUGCAGCAUGAAAGCGACGGCUUCUCGCAGGUCCUCUUCCGGUGCGCCGCGUGCGACGGCCUCGUGGAGGACCUCGACUACCAGUACCGCCUUCUGGCCGUGGUGGCGGACAUCGGCACCCCGGUCACCGUGCGUCCUCUGCAGGAUUACCGCGAUCAAGAGUACCCCCUCGGGCCCGGCGGGCAGAGGCCCGGCCGGCAGCUGGUUAUGCUGAGCGACGCGGCGGCCGCCGACCUGAUCGGCGUCCCGGCCCGUGUCUUCGCCUCGGAACUGGUCGCCGGGGACAUGCUGCAGCUGGACCUCCUUCACCUCCGGCGCCUAGAUCCCGUGGUGUUCCCGCUGCGCAAGCGCCGACGCCGCGGCCCCGCGCACUCCACCGGCCGCGCCCACGCCCACCUCCACCGCGCCCACUGGACGGCCACCGAGCAACGCCGGGCCCUGGCAGACGCCCGGAGUGGGGCGCUGUACGGCACGGUUCUGGCACCCCAGAAUGCCGAUCGCGUGACCGUCCCCGUGGUUGUCGCGGUCACGCGGGUCGGCUCGUGACCCGCCCGAGCGCCGGCACAUAAACCUCCUGUUCCCGC